AUGGGUUAUUUAAAUAAUUUCGUUAUUUUGGAAGGUGACAGUGAAGGUGAUGAAGAUAGUAAUAAUAAUAUGACAGCUAUAAGUGAUAUAUUUGGUCCAUAUACAUCAAUUAUUAAAAAAGUAUGUAAUAAAUGUGAACGCAUAUUAGAAUAUUAUGACAAUUUUCAAGAUAAAAAUAUAAAAUUUUGCGGAAUUUUGGUUGACUUUAUGCAUUUUAAUAUAAAACAUUUGACAAGAAGCAAGGAAGAGAAUUUAGAGAAUUUUAAGCAAGCAACAUUCUACCAAUCAUUUAAUAGAUUUGAGAUUGCGUUAAAUAGUAUUGAAAAAUUCAUUUAUGGAAUUUCAGAUUAUGGAAUUGUUAGGAAUUUUAUGAUCUUGAGCAUUCUUGAUCCCAAUUCAACAGCAGAAGCAGCCGCAACAACUGCAAUUACAAAAACAACUACAAUCAAUCAGGAAUGGAAAGUUAUUAUAAUUUUGUAUAUGAAUGGGCUGAAAAGGAGAUUACUAAAAUUGUAUGAGAAAAAUUGUAUUAAUUGGGUGACUAAACUAAAGAUUGCAUAUGAUGUUGUCAGAGGGCUUUCAUACUUACAAAGUGUCAACAUAUUGCAUCAUUCUGUUAAAUGUGAAAAUAUUUUAAUUGAUGGAAUGGGAGAUGCAAAGGUGGCCAAUUUUGAUAAAGAAGUACAAGAGUUAUGGGAUGUUACUUGGGAGCUUGUUUAUCAAAAAAUACCAUAUAAAGAUUUUAAAGUGAAUGAUAUUAAUGAUUAUGUGUUGUCUGGCUGGUAA